CUAUUUAUUUAUUUGUUUAUUUAUUUAUUCUCAUUUGUUUCGAACCUAAAAAUCAUUGACAUGCAAAAUGACAAGUCACAAAUGACAAAUAGAAACCAAUGAAAAUUGUAAAUUCAUUACAUCAAAUGAAUCGUGAACUUAAUUCAACUAAAUGACUAAAUGAAGUCAAAGUCUCCCUGUAUAAUCGUCCACGGGGGCAUCUCCACUGUGGAUGACCCCUGGAUAAUGGAGAAGGUGUCGGCAUGCGUGAGGUCGGCCUGUCGAGGCUACAACGCUCUCACCUCGAGCCAGAGCUCCGUCGACGCUGUCGAGGAUGCUCUCUGGUGGCUGGAGAACGACGAAUUUAUGAAUUGCGGUUAUGGCUGUGCCCCCAAUGAUAAGAACCAGGUCCAGAUGGACGCAAGCAUCAUGAAUGGCACCACAACCCUCCGGGGCACAAUUCUAGGUCUGAAGGACGUGGAGCAUCCCAUCUCUGUUGCGCGAUAUGUUAUGGAGAAUUACAGAAAUAAAAUAUUCUCCAAUGAUUUGAUGAAGAGGAUGAAGAAUAUUCCGAAGUUCUGGAUGCCUCCGGGGAAUAUGGAUCCGGUUUUCGAAAGAAAUGGAGAAGUGAAAAAUCACAGCUGUGGCUGCAUAUCCUGGGAUGGGUCCAACCUCGUAGUCGGGGCAACAGGCGGUGGUCCCAGAGGAAAGCCCAGUGGAGCUGUAUCAGACGCAGGAAUGAUUGGUUCUGGUAUUUACGCCUCAGAAAUCCUCGGCUGUUGCAUCACGGGGCCAGUGAGUUCCCUGAUUAAGUUCAAUUCAGCUAGCGAAGUCGUCGAAGCGACGCAGGAGCUCGACAGCUGCCCUGAUAAUAUCCUGCAGCAGGAAAUCGACAAGUUGAAGAUGCUUGACGAAACUGCCGGGGGCAUCAUACUCCACGCCAAUGGAUGGGCUGGAGUCUAUUUCACCGCUCCGUGCAUGCCAUACGCUGUCAUUAAGGACGACUGCAUCGUGUACGGCUGGAAUAUGUGUCAGACACAUUAUCGGACCUAUUCUAAUGGAGACGAGAAAAAUAUUUGCCGAUGUGAAACUGAGAUACGAAAUUUUGUUUAGAGUGUCUUUUCAAGAAUUUAAUUUAAUUUUGAAGUUAUUGUGGAAAAUAUCAUAACUUCUAGAAUUUCAAAGGAAAAACAAGCACUAGUCCUCAAACACAUAAACUCGUUUUGUAAUUUUCUCAUAAAUUUCUUGGUUCUUUGUUAUUGACAUUUUUCAUAUUCUAACAAUGUUUUCCCUCUUCAAGAAAUAUCUCCCGUCCAACUGUCAUAUUUAUCUUAGGAAUUUUAUUUUAUUUGUUUGAAAAAAAUGUCAGUCAACCCAAUUUUUCAAAAUAAAUAACUCAGUCGGAAUCUCGAAAUUUCCGAGUGAAAAUGUUUUUAAAAAUAUACUGUCCUCUAAC